AUGCCUGCCUUUGAGGGUGUUGGAGGGCGAAAGAAGAAGCGGACACGAAAACCAACAACCAGUACCGGCAUUCAAUUACAGCAGUCACUGGCACUGGAAGUUGUUGAUGCAAUCCGAACCUCCGAAAACAUCUCCCAAGAACACAUCACACAUGACCACCAAGACCACCCAAGCCAACUGGAGAUCCGCGAAACAUACAAUUAUUCAACCAAUCAGCAAGAAACCUUUGAAGGUCAAGAGACUGCUUAUGAUCAGCCAACCGACCCUCAAGUUGACAACCUGCUAGCAUACCUCCAGACCGAGGAUUACAAAAGGAAGAAACUUUUGGAGGAGAAGCAUUGGAAUGAGCUCGGACAUCCAACUGGGGAGACGUGGCAGCUUGGGAUCGCGACUGGAAAGAACCAUGCCAAUGCCCUCGGACCCGACUGA